AUGCGUAUCCCAAAUAUUCCUCCUCCCAUAAUUCGAAUCGCCAAUGGCACCUUUUACCGGCACCAACCGGGCACAGUCUCGACGGGACAUACACAUGCACACUCACAUCCAAACCCGGCGCUUUUCAAGGGCUUGAGCUUUGAACUUCCUUCACGAAGCGAGACUCCCCACAACUGGGCUAUCGCUGGGCCGUCACUCUCUGGGAAGACUACCUUCCUUCACAUUCUUCGUGGCCAGCACCUGUGUUUCCCGCCGACCGCCCGCUCUUUUCCGUACCUCAGCACCGAUCAGGUAUCGCACCGGCUGAAGUCGCCGGCGCUCGCGAUCCAGUAUGUUGGCUUUGACGCGAAUGGCGAGGGUGGGCUUGGCCCAGCCGCCUCUGCCUACUUAUCGGCGCGGUACGAGUCGCGGAGAGAGAUCACCGACUUCUCACUCAGGGACUUCCUCCUGGGCAACAUGCAGCUGAACCCUUCCAAGCUUCCCGGAGACGAGGGUGUGGACUCGAAGCUGUUUGAGCGCGUGGUUGUCGACCUUCGGCUCGAGAGCCUGCUGGAUCUUCCCGUCUCGUUCCUGUCGAACGGGCAGGGCAGAAGGGCGCGCAUUGCUCGGGCCCUGCUGACGAACCCCGAGGUCCUGUUGCUGGAUGAACCGUUCAUGGGCUUGGAUCCGCCCACCGUCGCUGGGCUGAGUCCGCUACUACAUUCCCUCGCCCAGAAGGCGAGCCCGCGUUUGGUGUUGAGCGCCAGGCCGCAGGAUCCGUUACCUGAGUGGAUCACGCAUCUAGUGUACCUCAGGACAGAUUCGCAGGUUGGAGUUAUGGGUGACAAAGAGACCGUUCUAGAUGGACUGAGGAAAUACGUACGACGUGUCCAGAAUGGUGGUCCAGAGGAUGAGGCCCUCCCUGUGCAUGCUCUGGGUGAAAUGGGCCGAGUGCUCACGAAAGACGGCAUUGUGGGCGAGUCACUGGGCGAGGAAUUCUCCAUCAGCAUUGCUCAUGGAGUCGUUGAGAAGCCUGUUGCGGACAGGGUCUUAGGAGAACCUCUUGUUGAGAUGCAGGGCUGCAGAGUCAAGUAUGGAGAUAAGGUGGCGCUGGGCAACUGGACCGAGGAGCGAGAUGGGAAGCCGAUAGGUGGGCUCUAUUGGACUGUCCGGAGAGGAGAGAGGUGGGGGGUCUUUGGCCCCAACGGCUCCGGAAAGACCACAAUCGUCUCACUUCUCUGUUCCGACCAUCCACAGACCUACUCUCUGCCGAUCAAGCUCUUCGGUCGCAGCAGAUUGCCCGAGCCUGGUUCCGGGCAGCGCCCGCUGACUUACUGGGACAUCCAGUCCCGUGUCGGACACUCUAGCCCCGAGAUUCAUCAGCAUAUGCCGCGCAAUCUGACGGUCCGGCAAGUUCUUGAAAGCGCGUGGGCAGACACUUUUCGCAGCAAGCCCAAUCUUGACGACGUUGCCAAAGAACAAGUCGAGGCCACGCUUAAGUGGUUUGAGCAAGAACUCAACCCCGCCUUUGCUAAGCUGCCGUCCCCGGAGAGCUCAUCAGCUGUGUCUGUUGGGUGGGCGAGCGACUAUAUGUUUGGGGAGCUGUCAUUCAGCGCUCAGCGCAUCCUACUCUUCCUUCGGGCAAUCGUAAAGCAUCCGGACAUUGUGGUCCUCGAUGAGGCGUUCAGUGGCAUGGAUGAUGCUGUACGGGACAAGUGCAUGCUUUUCUUAGCUUCCGGGGAAGAAAAAAUGUACGCGUCAGGCUCCGGCAGCCGCCCACGCACUAGGUCGGCGGUGAUCCCGAGUCCAGCGGCGGAGUCCGGGAAGGUGAAAGUGAAGGGCCUUUCGGACCAGCAGGCCUUGAUUUGUAUCAGCCACAUCAAGGAAGAGGUGCCUGAUUGUGUGAGGGAGUGGCUCUGUCUCCCGGAAGCCAAUACGGGUAAGCCGGCAAGGUUUGGGCGGCUGGAUGGCCCGCUGAGGACCGACUCCAGACGAUGGGCAGAGAUUUGGGGGCUUUGA